CUAUCAAGAAUCCUCAUGUGCGGCUGGAGAGAUAGCAUAGCAGAAGGCCUGGAGGACCUAGCAUUUUCAGAACUGCUGGCCUAUAAUCUGCUGCAUAUGUGGUUAGCUAAGUCCUGCUUGCCAAUGUGUCGAGAUUUUGCUGUCCUAGAAGACCACACCCUGGCUCAUAGCCUGCAGGAACAAGAGAUUGAGCAUCAUUUGGCAUCAAACAUUCAGCGGAACCGUCUGGUCCAGCAUGAUCUGCAGGUGGCUAAGCAGCUCCAAGAGGAAGAUCUAAAAGCCCAAGCCCAGCUCCAGAAGCGAUACAAAGACCUUGAACAACAUGACUGUGAAAUUGCUCAAGAAAUUCAGGAGAAACUGACUAUAGAGGCCGAGAGACGACGAAUUCAGGAGAAGAAGGAUGAGGACAUAGCACGUCUUUUGCAAGAGAAGGAGCUACAAGAAGAGAAAAAGAGGAAGAAGCACAUUCCAGAGCCUUCUGGGGGCCGUGCUUUUGGGGAUAACUACUAUCAUGAAGAUGGAGACCAGCCAAGGUCAAGGAGGGCCAGGGAAAUGGGUUCUGGAAACUCAAGGUUUUAUAGACUCCAAAAUGAUGGCAAGACUGUAAAGCAGAAGAACGGGAAAUCAAGGCAUCUACUGGAGAACUUGGAAGAUAUGGAGGAACCCUGUUCAUCAGAGAGAUCUCUGCCUUCUAGCUCAGGCAAAGGGAGGGGUGAUGCCCAGACUUCCAGUGAUCAGCAUGAAAGAAAGACUGGUCAAGAGAGGCUCCGGAAACCUCCACUUCCGAAGAUCAGUGGUGAGGUAUUUCUGAGCACUGACUCUGAUGACUGGGAGGCUAAGAGAAGCCCUCGAACUCGGAGUUGGGAAAAACAGUCCCGACACCAUGGCAGACUUUCACCCAAGUCUUCACAGAAAACAGGGCUUCCUUCUAAUGAAAUUGUGUGUGGGAGGGACCUUGGGCAAGGUGAUCACAGAGAACGGAGACGUAAGCCCAGGACUCCUCCCUUCUCAGAGGAUGAAGAACUUCAACACCACCAUGAUGCAGGAAUGAAACCGAGAGGAAUAAAAGAAGCUGUCUGUCCUCCCACACGAGUGAGCCCCAGGGACCAGGAAUGGUAUGAUGCUGAAAUUGCCCGAAAAUUGCAAGAGGAAGAACUUUUGGCGACGCAUGUGGACAUAAGAGCGGCUCAGGUUGCCCAGGAUGAGGAAAUUGCUCGACUUUUGAUGGCUGAAGAAAAGAAAGCUUACAAGAAAGCUAAAGAGCGAGAAAAGUCAUCUUUGGACAAAAGAAAACAUGAUCCUGACUGCAAGUCAAAAGCAAAGUCAGCACACUCAAAAUCAAAAGAGAGUGAAGAAGCAUACCGUUCAAAGACUGACAGGCCGUCAAGACCACCACCGCCUACAGUGAUGGACCCUGUGGAUCUGGACCACACGCAUCUUACAAACCAGCACAGUGCCACCCGUCAUUUCUCAAAGGCGGAGCCCUCACAUAGAGGUUUCCAUAAUAAGCAGUAAAAGAAAACAAACAAAAAAUGGAAUCUGCCUUGAAAAUGGACUUGCUGUAGCACAUAUUAACUGAACAAUACCGAAUGCAUUCCACAUUGGCUGUCCUUCUGUGUGCCAUUCCUGGAGUUACCCUCAAGUGUUUUCUAACUAUAAACAAUUUCAGUUCUCUUCA